AUGUUUCGCAUACGCCACUUCCUCCACCGCACGCCCUUCAAGCCCUCCCUCCCCCGCAAAUCCUCCAAACAUGCCACGUUCGAGCUCCCCCUCGAAUCCCGCAUGCGCUGGUCCUACCUCUGGUACGCCAGCAUCCUCGCCUUGGGCAUAACCACGGGUCUAGCCGCCCGUAACUUCGCCGGGCCCCUCGGCCUACCCAUCCCUGGGUCGCGCGAAGAUGAGCUCAUCCUACAGUCCCUAGACCAAGACGUCGAUAAGCUGGAGAUUGUGCAAUCGCUGCGGAAGCAGUCGUUCAAUCUAGCGGGACCGAGGAGCAAGAAGGUGUACGGCAAGGGAUGGAUGGAAGUCGAUCUUGCGCAAGAAACUGCGCAGGAGGGAAGAGGAAGCUUGCUCGAAACGAUGAGUGGGACGAGGGGGUUAGGAGUGCAGAGGGCGUUUUGGAAUGCGGAGACGAGGGAGAUGGUGGCUGUGGUGUGGAUUGGCGGGGGCAUGUCUGGGUGGCCCGGUGUUGCGCAUGGAGGGGCUAUUGCGACGAUUUUCGAGGAGGUCAUGGCGAGGAUGGUUAGAGGCCCUAGAGGGUCUGUAGAAUCCAUCCAUCGCCCAAUCUCCUUGAGUGUGACGUAUGCAAAACCCACGUAUAGUCUCGACUUCUAUAUACUGCGCGCGUCGUUCUCGAGACCGAACCUACCGCAAACCGAGCCGCCCCCUGAACCUGAAGCGGAGCCCACGAAGUCGUGGUUAUCUUGGUUAUCACCGCAAAAAGACUUGACCAAGAAAGCUGUAGCAGAGCAAAAGCAGUGCUCCGAGAUUGUUGGGACACUGGAAAGUGUCAAAGGGGACCUGUGUGUUAGGGCGAAGGGGACAUUUGGUGUUAAUGGGCCGACGAUAGGAGAAGAGGUAGCUUGA